AUGUCGGUCUUGGCCGCCAUCCGCGCUGCUCUUGCCGAUUCGGGGUUCCACGAUACGAGCGGAUUCCUCUCGCAGACUGAUGGCCAGCCGCCGUGUUUCAACUGCCUCCAGCAGAAGCAUAACUAUCUAGAGUUGACCUGCGGCUGCCGCUUGCUGGAAACGCGUUGCAUUCUCUGUCAAUGCCAAUCUAAGAAAUGCAUUUCGAACGCCCUGACGAAGCUCGGCCAGCAUUCUGAUCAAAACCCCUUCACCCUCGCACCCCUCACUGGCCUUGGCCGCUGGCGUGUGUAUGCGGCUGUACUGAAGACCGCCUGGGCCUGGGGCACUAUCGCCUGGUUCAUCAAGGACCCUGCCAGGGCCCGGCCAAUUGGGGAUUCUGCUGCUAUCGACAUGCAAAUCCAGGAACUCGCCGCCCUACGCGAGAUCAUCACAACCGAUCUACUGUUCAAGGUUGGCAAAAUCACCGACCGUGACGAAGUCAUUGCUCGCAUCAACGCGUCCCGACCUCUCUACACCCGCGACCACGACCACGCUGCUAUCUCUGGUUUGGUGACCUCGCUUCGAUGCCUUUCGACCUCUGCCAACACCAGAGAUCCAAAGGCGGCCGAGGAGGGCACACUGCUGGAUUUCUAUCCCUGUUUGACGUUGGCCACGAUCAUGGAAGUGCGCGAGUCCCUUGGAAAGCCCGCACCAUCUCGGGUUAUCUCGUACAGUGGCAAAGCGCCAGUUCGCCGCGGUCCUUCAGAUAACAAUACUUUGCGCACCUCCAAGCUCACCGCAGCCACCAGAGAUUCCGCCGCUAUUCAUCCCGUGUCCAAGCCAUGUCUACCUUCGGCUAAGCUUUUCACCAAGCGCACAUUGAAGGAGCCAGUGGCUUCCAGGAAGAAACCUCGCGUCACCGAGCGAGUUUCGCCUAGAGACUCCGACUUUUACGAUAGCCUCGACCUGCCCCUUGAUUCCCUCCUUGAGGAUGAAGAUUACGUCGACAUUUGGGGAGUCGAGAAGACCACCAAGAGGGAGCCCAAUAGAACUCGUUCUGCUCAUCCUCUUGGCGGUCUCCAGCGGUCUUUUUCUAUCAACUCUUCAGCCGAACUUCCACAGACUCUCAGCCUUAUCGAUCGCCGAUGA